AUGGGCUCCGACGUGCGGGACCUCAACGCGCUGCUGCCUCCGUCGGUGCCGUCGCUGCCGGGCAACGGCAACUGCCCCAUGCCGGUGAGCAGCGCGGCGCAGUGGGCGCCCGUGCUAGACUUCCCGCCGGGCGCCUCCUACGGCUCGCUGGCCCCGCCGCACUCGGCCUUCAUCAAGCAGGAGCCCAGCUGGAGCGCCACCGAGCCGCACGAGGAGCAGUGCCUCAGCGCCUUCACCGUCCACUUCUCGGGCCAGUUCACCGGCACCGCCGGCGCCUGCCGCUACGGCCCCUUCGCGCCGCCCCCGCCGCCCAGCCAAGCGCCCUCCAGCCAAGCGCGGAUGUUCCCCAACGGCCCUUACCUGCCGAACUGCUUGGAGAGCCAGCAAGCCAUCCGCAAUCAAGGUUACGGCACAGUGGCAUUUGACGGCACUCCAAGUUAUGGCCAUACUCCCUCUCACCACGCAGCACAGUUUACAAACCACUCCUUCAAGCACGAGGACCCCAUGGGCCAACAGACGUCUCUAGGUGACCAGCAAUAUUCGGUGCCUCCCCCAGUCUACGGCUGCCACACUCCCACGGAUAGUUGCACAGGCAGCCAGGCGCUGCUCCUGAGGAACCCUUACAACAGUGACAAUUUAUACCAAAUGACCUCACAACUUGAAUGCAUGACAUGGAAUCAAAUGAACUUGGGAUCCACACUUAAGGGCCAUGCAACAGGGUAUGAAAGUGAUAACCAUGCAGGCCCUAUGUUAUACAGCUGUGGGGCCCAAUAUAGAAUACACACCCAUGGAGUAUUUAGAGGAAUACAAGAUGUGCGGCGAGUGCCUGGAGUAGCUCCUACAAUUGUUAGAUCAGCUGGUGAGACAAAUGAGAAACGGCCUUUCAUGUGUGUAUACCCUGGCUGCAACAAGCGAUAUUUUAAACUGUCUCAUCUGCAGAUGCAUGGUAGAAAACACACUGGUGAAAAACCAUACCAGUGUGACUUUAAGGACUGUGAACGAAGAUUCUCUCGUUCAGAUCAACUCAAACGACACCAAAGACGACAUACAGGUGUGAAACCCUUCCAGUGUAAAACCUGUCAGAGAAAGUUCUCCAGAUCUGAUCACCUGAAGACCCACACCAGGACUCAUACAGGUAAAACAAGUGAAAAGCCGUUCAGUUGUCGGUGGCCCAGCUGUCAAAAAAAAUUUGCCCGGUCUGAUGAAUUGGUCCGUCAUCAUAACAUGCACAACAGGAACAUGACUAAACUUCAACUUACCCUUUAG